GCAAGCCAUCUAUUCAUUGUUCCUGAAAGAGAAACUCAAAGAACAGAAACAGAAAGAAAUGGCUGAUUCUGCAGUUAAUCUGUCCCAGGCACUCCAGGCAGUCUUGCCCGGAGAGACUGUCAAAGAGGACCACCUACCCUGCCAGGAGAGACACCCACCAGAUGAGCCAGAGAUACAACCUAUUGACUGGGUUUGGGUCAAGAAAUAUAUGGCCCAGCAGCUAGGAGGAAAGUGUACUGGACUGUUCCAGGUGAUCUUGGCCACACCGACUGCUGUUAAAGUGGCUGACAGGCCUUACUGGAUUCAGCAGAAUCAUCUACAGCUGACAAAACCUGAACAUGUACCCAAGGAAUGGGUGGUAAGGCCCCUGGGACCUACCAAGGGUCUGUUGACCUUCUGGGAUGUAGCCGUGGACUUCUCCCAGGAGGAGUGGGAAUGCCUGGACUCUGCUCAGAGGACUUUGUACAUUGAUGUGAUGUUGGAGAAUUACAGCAACCUGGUCUAUGUGGAGAACUAUUGCAUAUGUGAUACUGUCCAUCAACAUGUGAAGACUGAAAAGGAGUCUUGUCAGUGUCAUGAGCUUGGCAAAGUGCUUCAUGAUUGCUCCACAUGUGCACUUUAUAAAACAAGUGAAACUACAGAAAACUCUAAUAACUACAGAUGCAAUAAUCACAGGGAUGCCUCCAUUGACUUAACAAACCCAGAUAGACAUGAUAGCAUGCACACUGGAGAAGAGUCUUACAAAUCUAAAGACCAUGAGAAAUCUUUAAAUUUGUGUUCCAAUGUUACUCAAGAUCAGAGACUCUACAUUGCAAAGAAAGAGCACAAGCAGGGAGAAUAUAGUGACUAUUUUGACUCUACAUACAGUUGUUUGCAACAAAAAUUCUACAUUGGAGAGAAACCACACCAAUGUGGGAAAUGUGGGAAAUACUUCAGUACUGCCCUAAGCCUCACUGUACAUCAAAGAAUUCAUACUGGAGAGAAGCCUUACAAGUGUAAAGAAUGUGACAAAUGCUUUACUGUGAAGUCAACUCUUACAAAGCACCAGAGAAUUCAUACUGGAAAGAAACCCUACAAGUGCACCGUUUGUGACAAAUCCUUUACACAGUCCUCAAGUCUGAAAACACAUCAAAGACUUCAUACUGGGGAGAAACCUUACAAAUGCAGAGAAUGUGGAAAGUCCUUUCAUCAGUCCUCAGCACUUAAAAGCCAUCAGAACAUGCAUACAGGAGAGAAGCCUUACAAAUGUAAGGAAUGUGACAAAUCCUUUUCUCACUAUUCUAACUUCAGGAGACAUCAGAAAAUCCAUACUGCUGAGAAACAUUAUAGGUGUCAAGAAUGUGGCAAAGUCUUUCAUUGGCUUUCACACUUAAGAAGACAUUACAGACUCCAUACUGGAGAGAAGCCUUACAAAUGCAAUGAUUGUGACAGUUCUUUUAUUCACUAUUCAUCAUUUAGAAGACAUCAGAAAACUCAUUCUCUAGAGGAAUUGUAUGAAUGCAAAGAAUGUGGUAAAUGCUUUCUUGACUUAUCACAUCUUAAAAGGCAUUACAGGAUCCACACUGGUGAGAAGCCUUACAAAUGUGAGGUAUGUGAUAAAUCCUUUACAUUGAACUCAACUCUUCGAAGGCAUCAUAAAAUCCAUACUGGGGAGAAACCUUACAAAUGUGAGAUAUGUGACAAAUCCUUUUCUGUGACCUCAAAUCUUAGAACACAUCAGAAAAUUCAUACUGGAGAGAAACUUUACAAAUGUAUGGAGUGUGGCAAGUCCUUUACCCAGGACUCAUAUCUUAGAAUACAUCAGAGAAUUCAUACUGGAGAGAGACCUUACAGAUGCAGAGAAUGUGAAAAGUCAUUUCUUCAGGUGUCAGCACUUAAACGCCAUCAGAAAAUGCAUACUGGAGAGAAACCUUACAAAUGUAUGCAAUGUGACAAAUCCUUUACCCAGGACUCGCAUCUUAGAACACAUCAGAGAAUUCAUACUGGAGAGAGACCUUACACAUGUAGAGAAUGUGACAAAUCUUUUACUGAGUGCUCUACUCUUAGACAACAUCAGAAAAUUCAUACUGGAGAGAGACCUUACAGAUGUAUAGAAUGUGACAAAUCCUUUCCCCGUAACUCACAUCUUAGAAUACAUCAGAAAAUUCAUACUGGAGAGAGAACUUACAAGUGCAAAUAAUGUGGCCUGUCCUUUAUUCAGAUUUUGAAACUUAGAAAACAUUAGAAAAUUAAAACUGGAGAAAAAAAUACCAUUGCAAAUAAUGUGACAUAGCUUUAUCUGGAAUUGUCUACUCAGAAAUCACAAUAAUAGAAACACAAAGAUGCAAAACUUGUGAAUGUCUUUAAUGAAGGUAUAAAUCUUAAAAGAUUUCACAGGGUUUAUAAGAAAAUAAAAUU